AAACAUCCAAUUUUUUCAGAUGCAUUUCUUUUGGGGAACUCACUUUCUAAUGAGGAGGCCUUUAAAUCAUCUGCACAGACGGAGACAUUACCCAUGGCUGGUGCUAUGAAGUUUCGCUCCAGACUUCCUGGGUUCCAGUCUGCCCGUGUUCCUACGUUCCCGUGUAGAUUCAACAUUCAGACCCCUCAUGGGUUUUCAUCUCUGGCUAUCCCAGAUACUGAGCCCCAAGACAGAGACGUGCCAGAAUAUUUUAAUUUUGCAAGUGAUGUUCUUGAUAAAUGGAGUCAACGAGAAAAGGAGGGGAAGAGGCCUUCCAAUCCAGCCCUCUGGUGGGUUAAAGAGAAUGGUGAAGAGGUACAAUGGACCUUUGAGGAGUUGAGCCACUUAUCUAGGAAAGCUGCCAAUGUGCUCUCGGAGGCCUGUAACCUAUGCAAGGAAGAUCGACUCCUCAUUAUACUUCCAAGGGUCCCCGAGUGGUGGCUGAUCAGCUUGGCCUGCAUCCGAACAGGUGUUGUCUUCAUUCCAGCUACUAUUCUCUUGACUGCUCCAGACAUAUUAUACAGACUCCAGCAAUCCAAAGUCAGCUGCGUUGUUGCCAAUGAGGCUAUUGCACCCUUAGUAGAUGCCGUGGGGUCUGAAUGCAGCUGGCUGAAAACUCGGAUCCUGGUUUCUAAGAGCAGCAAAAGGGAAGGUUGGCUGAACUUCCAUGAUCUACUACAAGCUGCCUUUGACCAGCAUCAACCCGUUCAGACAAAGAGCCUUGACCCAAUGACCAUCUACUUUACCAGUGGGACCAUGGGCUACCCCAAAAUGGUGCAACAUUCCCACGGCAGUUUGGGGUAUGGGCUGGACAAGAUUGCAAGAGAAUGGCUGAGUCUGACUUCUUCGGACAUUAUGUGGGGGUUUUCUGAUCCUGGCUGGAUAAAAUUUGCCAUAGGAAGUUUCUACUCUCCUUGGAGCCAAGGAUCGUGUAUAUUUCAACAUGGUAUGCUUCAGUUUGAUCCCAAAGUAGUUCUGGAGUCUCUUGUCAAGUAUCCGGUGACAGGUUUUUGUGGCACACCAACCAUAUUUCGGAUGCUGCUCCAACACAAUGUUAGCAGGUACAGGUUCAAGAGUCUGGAGUCCUGCACGAGUGGCGGAGAACCAAUCAGUCUGGAAGUGCAGCAACAGUGGAAAGCACAGACUGGGUGCGAGAUCCGUGAAGCCUACGGGCAGACAGAAAGUUCCCUGCUCUGCAGCACCAGAAAAGGAAUGAAAAUUAAACCUGGAUUCAUUGGAAAGCCUUUUUCUGGCAUUGAUCUCCAGAUCAUCGAUGAAAAAGCCAAUCGCCUUCCCCCUGGAGAAGAAGGAGACAUCGCCGUAAAGAUCAAGCCGCAAAGGCCUGUGGGACUUUUCAGUGCUUAUGUGGAUGAUCCUGAAAAAACCAGCGCUACUGAACGUGGGGACUACUAUCUCACUGGAGACCGAGGACUCAUGGAUGAAGAGGGAUACGUCCAGUUCAUUUCAAGAGCAGAUGACAUUAUCUUGACUUCUGGAUAUCGCAUUGGUCCUUUUGAAGUGGAGCAAGCUUUGAUGAAGCAUCCUGCAGUAGCUGAAGCAGCUGUUGUUAGCAGCCCAGAUUCCAUCAGAGGAGAGGUGGUAAAAGCUUUUAUCAUCCUAACUCCUGCCUACCAAUCACAAGACAGAGAGAAAUUAAGCAUGGAGCUGCAAGGACACGUGAAGAAAAUUACAGCUCCAUAUAAAUAUCCCAGAAAGAUCGAGUUUGUUCAAGACCUGCCCAAGACCAUUUCUGGAAAAAUUCAAAAGAAGCUGCUGAGAAAUAAAGAAUGGGAGAAAGCCUAACGGACUCUGGAGCUAACAGUGGACUCCGGGAGGGUUUUCUUCUUGUAGUUUUAGGAUGUUGCCAAAGUCAGCGGUGAGAUGGGCGGUCAGCUGGGUGACCUUGGGCCAGUCCCCCCCCCUCUCUCAACCCAACCUACCUCACAGAGUUGUUGUUAUGGGGACAAUAGGAGGAGGAAGUUGUGUUGGAUAAUGUUCUCUGCCUUGACUUAUUUGUAAAGAUAAUAAAGGCAGGACGCAAAUCAAUAAAUAUUUGAUAAAUAAAUACACACAUGGGCCAGGCAACCCACAGCCAACCCAUAAUAACCCCAAA